GCCACAGGAGAAGAAACCACAAACCACAAGAGCAGUUUAAAGGGUCACAACACCUAAAGAAAAGUGAGGUAAAACCACAAACCUAAAGAAAAGUAUAUGCAUAUAGAGCCCUGACUGCCACAUGUAGCAAUUAGCACCCUAGAAGAAUCCUAGAUCGAGCUCACACAAGCAUGGAACCUCUUGAAUCAAAAGCUCCACAUGUUCUCAUCUUUCCACUUCCAGCACAAGGACAUGUCAACUCCAUGCUCAAUCUAGCUCAGCUUCUUUCACUUGCUGGCCUCAACAUAACCUUUCUCAACACCGAUCACAACCACAAUCGCCUUGUCCUUCACACCAAUAUUCUACACCGUUUUGCAUGUUUUACUGGAUUCCAAUUCAAGACCAUCCCAGAUGGCCUUCCAGAUGAUCACCCACGAGCUGGUGAACGAUUCAGGGAAAUAUUUGAUUCCAUUAAAUUGGUAACUAAGCCAUUAUUUAGAGAGAUGUUGUGUUCUGGUCAGUUAAAUUCAGAUACUGGACAGUCAGUGACUUGCAUUAUAGCAGAUGGAAUCUUGAGCUUUCCUAUUGAUGUUGGCAAUGAGCUUGGAAUUCCAGUCAUUCAUUUUCGUACAGCCAGUGCUUGCUACUUCUGGGCUUGCUUUUGUAUUCAAGAUAUGAUAGAAGCUGGUGAACUUCCCAUUAUAGAAAAUGAAGACAUGGACCGGCUAAUAAGAAGUGUCCCAGGCAUGGAAACUUUUCUCCGAAUCCGAGACUUACCUAGUUCUUGCCAAGUAAGCAACCUAGCAGACCCAAGUCUUCAACGCAUUGCAAAUGAGACUAUGCAAUCCCCUCGAGCCCAUGCGCUCAUACUCAACACGUUUGAAGAUUUAGAAGGACCUGUACUCUCCCACAUUCGCACAAAAUGUCCCAAAAUUUAUACCAUUGGACCCCUCCAUGCAAUACUUAAAUCUAAACUUGAAUCCAAAACGACAUUGUUGCAAUCUCAAUCUCCAAAUAGCCUCUUCAAGGUGGAUAGAAGCUGCAUGGUGUGGCUUGAUGCUCAACCUUUGAAAUCUGUAAUAUAUGUAAGCUUUGGAAGCAUUACAGUCAUGACAAAGGACAAGCUCAUGGAGUUUUGGUACGGUUUGGUUAACAGCAAGAAGCGCUUUCUAUGGGCCAUAAGGCCCGACUUGGUGAUCCAAAAAAAUGGCGAAGGUCAAAUUCCAGUGGAACUAGUUGAAGGGACAAAGGAUAGAGGGUAUAUGGUGGGUUGGGUCCCACAAGAGGAGGUCUUGGUCCACAAAGCUGUAGGUGGGUUUUUGACUCAUAGUGGAUGGAACUCUACCUUAGAGAGCAUAGUGGCUGGGGUGCCCAUGAUUUGUUGGCCUUACUUUGCUGAUCAACAAAUAAAUAGUAGGUUUGUGAGUGAGGUUUGGAAAUUGGGAAUGGACAUGAAGGAUGUGUGUGAUAGAGUUAUGGUAGAAAAAAUGGUGAAUCAUCUAAUGGAGGAGACGAGGGAGAUUUUCAUGAAAUCAAUUGCUGAGAAGGCUAGGUUGGCAAAAGAAAGUGUGAGUGAAGGUGGGUCCUCUUACUGUAAUUUGGACCAUUUGAUUAAGGAUAUAAGAUUAAUGAGCAUGGCUACAACAAAAUAGCUUGUACUAUCAUUUCUUGAGUUGUUAUUGUUUAAAACUUUAGUACCAAGUGGUUUUCCUUAGUAAUUGCAAAUUAUGAAAGAUGGCACUAUUCAAAUUUUUAUGGUCAUAAGUGUGGCGACACAAUUUUUUACCUACUUUUUCAUGAUUAAUGACUUGAUUUAUUGUAA